GAGAUGCCCAAGCCUAAUAACGAGAAACAUCAUGAGAAGAUGGCACGCUCUUUGAAAGGUCGUUCUUGGGUGGGGAGCUUGAAUUCCAUCCCAAGCUGCUGAUCUGCCGAGUCGACCAGCGGUUCAGCCCCCAUGCCUGAUCCAACGUUGGCAAGUUGGCCGUCGAUUGGCUGUUGCUUCCGUUUUGUGGACCCGCAAUAUGUGGGACAGUCUAACCAAGCGAGCCAAGGAAAGCUGGCGACUUCAAUCGAUUCUCACACUCAGGCUUUCGAAGCCGAUGCGCGGCUUCAGAUCAACCCAGGCCAUUAUAAGGCUUGCACUUUCACAGACCGAGUCCAUGCGCUCUCGGCUUCCCGCCUAUUAUCACGAGACAGUAUCGUGAAUUGCUGUAGUCUGCCUUCUCGGACCUUGACCGCCGCCGCGCACAGCCGCGAGCGCGACGAGCCCAGUCCGGCACUCCACCACCAUGCUUGCGCAAGCCCUCGCCGAGGGCCUUUUGGGGCUUGCAAAGAGAGAAGAGGAAGACCCCGCCGGCGAGGACGCCCCGAAGCAGGAGAACAACGCAUCAUGGGCCAUCUUCAUUCUGAUCAUGCUGCUCAUCGUAGCAUUCUGCACCAGCUAUACGAUGCAGCAGAGGAAGAUCACGGCUAUCCACGAGACCGUCGUCUCUAUCUUUGGCGGCAUGACCGUUGGCUUGAUUCUGCGUGUGUCCGGCUUCGACUCGAUCCGUGAUCUCGUCAACUUCAACUAUCAGUACUUCUUCAACCUCCUCCUGCCUCCCAUCAUCCUAUCUUCCGGCUACGAGCUUCACCAGGCGAACUUCUUCCGGAACAUUGGGACCAUUUUGACGUUUGCCUUUGCGGGGACAUUCAUCUCAGCCGUGGUUAUUGGCGUGCUCUUGUGGCUUUACACUGCCAUCUCCUUGGAAGGCCUCGAUGUAUCGUGGACCGACGCCAUCUCUGUUGGCGCCACCCUGUCGGCUACGGAUCCUGUCACUAUCCUGGCUAUCUUCAACGCCUACAAGGUGGAUCCGAAACUCUACACCAUCAUAUUUGGUGAAUCGAUCCUCAAUGAUGCCGUUGCCAUUGUCAUUUUCGAGUCGGCCCAGAGUGCCGGCGGCAAGGGAGGGGGAAUCGGGAUAUGGAGUAUGCUGCACGGCACCUGGUACUUCUUGUCCGAGUUCUUCGGCAGCUUGGCCAUCGGCGCCUUGGUGGGCGUUCUGACCGCCCUGGGGCUGAAGUACACGUAUGUCAGGAGAUACCCCGGCAUCGAAAGCUGUCUGGUGGUACUGAUCGCGUACGCGACAUACUUUUUCGCCCAAGCCAUUGGCAUGUCGGGGAUUGUCGCGCUACUAUUCUGCGGCAUCACGCUCAAGCACUAUGCCUACUUCAACAUGUCCCGCCGGACGCAGCUAGCCACCAAAUACAUCUUCCAGGUCCUCGCCCAUCUCUCGGAGAACUUCAUCUUUAUCUACCUCGGCCUGGCCCUCUUCACUGAGAAGAACCUUGUGUAUCAGCCCCUCUUGAUCAUCGUCACGGUACUCGCGGUGUGUGCGGCGAGAUGGUUGGCCGUCUUCCCCCUGUCCAAAGCCAUCAACUGGUUCAUCCGCUACCGGGCGCGCCGCCAAGGGCGUGAGGUUGCCGAUGAGUUGCCGUACAGCUAUCAAGCGAUGCUUUUCUGGGCUGGUCUCCGCGGCGCGGUGGGCGUCGCGUUGUCGGCCCUCUUCACGGCGAAAGAAACCCAGGCGUUGCAGGCAACCGUUCUGGUCGUGGUGGUCCUCACAGUCAUUAUCUUUGGCGGCACCACAGCCCGCAUGCUCGAAAUUCUCGGCAUCCGAACCGGCGUGACAGACGAGGCUGACUCAGACGACGAGUUUGACAUCGAAGCCAUCGGAGGUGGCCUGUACAAGCGAUCGGACACGGGCAUUGGAUACAACCCGCGCAGCGCUGGCGCUCGCAGCCGCGGCUCAGUCCUGCCCCUUGGCAACGUCAAUAACAAUGCGAGCAGUGGAAGCGGACGUGCUGGAAGCGGUGACAGGAGCGGCUGGGCAUCGGGGCAUAGGUCACCUAACACGGCGGCGCCACUUCGGCACGGCAGUAGGAGCCGCAACAACAAGGGUUCCAGAGGGGACGAUUUCGAGAGGUCGGAGCUGCUCGGCGCAUCGGGGAGCAACACCGACUCGGACUUCGGCAGUGAUAUCGAUAUCUCGGACCUCCCGCCCCCGGCGCCGGUGCCAAGGAGUAGGGGCCACAGUCCCAUGCUCACUCCUUCCGGUGACCCCGGCCAACCCCAUGAAAGCGGCUCCUCGAGCAGGCACAAUGGGUCAGGGGAAGGGCCAAGUCAGCACCAGCAACCCCUUACGGCUAGUGCCGCCUUUCGGCAAUUGCUUAGCGCUGAGGAUCCGACGGCACUGUUCAGGCAACUCGACGAAGACUACAUUAAGCCAAAGCUACUGCUGGAUGGGGGCACUGGGCGGGGCGGGGGGUCGGGGUCUCAUUGA